AUGCCCUUUCAAUCGUUUGGCAUUAGGCGCUCAGGAAGCCUCAAGCUAGACCCCACAGGCAGUUACAAGAGAGUGUUGCAGCCGAUAAACGGAUAUAACACCGUUUGUUCUGUCCCUAGCGCUGACUUUGGGUCCCCGAAAAGAAAAGUCAGUGAUACGGUUCCAGACUUGUUUGAGCCGAAAAAACAAAAACCUGAAAUUUCCAAGUUUUCAACAUUCUUGCCAAAUGUGUUGAUCGAAGACAGGUACUCUGAACAAGUCAAUCAAACACAACGCAGCACAAAUUACGUUUCAAAGUAUGAACAAAGGCCAAUUGAGAUCUACGAAGAUGCGGAGAAAAGAUCCUAUGGUGAUACUGGUGAAUUCACUUUACGAAGUAUCAUUAGGCCGUUCGCUUUGGCUGACUUUCAAGACUCUCCCACAAGGAAGUCGGUGACCUUCUCAGAACAAGAACAAGUUCAUCGGUUCGAGUCAUCUGAAGCUUUAAAUUCUUUCAGAUCCAACCCGAUGGAGACUUCACAUUCCUUCAGAUCGAUUCCUUCACCUUUUCUGUCACAAACAGAAGAACACGACGAACAAGAGGAAGAAGACGAGGACGGCGCUAGUAUUUUAGAAACAACUGAGAUGAUCGAACGAGAAUUUCAAGAUACUGAAUCCUCUCUGUUGUUACCUACUGAGUCAAUGGAUUCAAAUCAAGGGCCGCAAAACUCACCUUGUCGCCGUCCUGCUCCCUCCUUCGCGACAUCUGCGUUUCCCAGUCUUGACGAAUUAACUGCUGACGGGGAAGAAAACAAAGAGAACCACAAUUCAGGUCCACAAAAUCCCAUUUCAACUGGAACUGAGCCUUCGGAUAGUUUGGUUAUUGGCCAAAACUACUCCGAAAACUACUCUGCCAACUUUGCGAAACCGGCAACAGCAACGCUUCCAUAUCUCGAUACGGGUGCUAUACCGGGACUGAACUCUCCCAUGAUCAAUGAGAUUCACGAGAUCGAUAAGGAAAUACGAAAAUUACAGAAAAGAAGAGAAGCUAUCAUAGGCGGCAACACAGUGUACAUUCCUUCUGCCGGUUCUUCCAAAAUGAAGCAAUUUAUCAACCCCGAAGCAGAGCCUUUGAACCAAGCAUCACAAAAACAGGAAACUCACCAUCACAAGUGGAGAUCUUUAAGACUUGUCUUUGCCCAUUCCAAAGCUUACGAGUCCAUAGUGGAGGUGAUUAAAACGCCGCAGCUGGAAAUUAACUCGGAGGAACAUACGGAGCCAUGCACAGCCGCAUCUACGGAAAGCAGUCAGGGCUCUAGACGGAAACAUGGCUGGAGGAGUAUUUGGAGGCGCCGGGUUCCAUCCCAAGCCACGUGA